AUGCCCAAGACUGCUCUGCUCAUUGUCGAUGUGCAAAACGACUUCCUAGACGGCGGCGCUCUUGCCGUACCACAUGCAGAGGAAAUCAUACCUGUCAUCCAGCGCUUGCUCAACCAUCCAUUUGACCAAAUCAUUGCUACGCAAGACUGGCAUCCCCGGAACCACGUCUCAUUCGCUGCGAACCACAAGGGAGAUAUGCAGAGUGUGCGUGUGACCUACAAGAAUGAUGCUGCGAAGACCUACACACAACGGCUCUGGCCAGUCCACUGCGUACAAGGCACCCACGGAGCGGACUUACAUCCAGAAAUAGCCCGUCUACCUCUCACCAAGAUUGUGCAGAAGGGCUACAAUGCCGAUGUUGACUCUUACUCUGCCUUCUCCGAUUGUUUGGGCAUCGAGGAGACUGGACUCGAGCAGUACCUACAGGAGCACAACAUUCGUCGCAUCCUUUGUGUCGGCAUCGCGGAAGACUAUUGCGUCUUCGAAACUGCACUUGCUGCAGGCCAGCGUGGCUUCGAAACUGCAGUGCUGCGAGAAGGUGUGAAAGGCAUUGAAGAGAUGAGCGGUGAGAAGCAAACUAGCCUUGCAAAUGCCAAAAUCCGCUACGUCACAAGAGCUGAUGUGGCAGAGUUUCUCAGGGACGGCUGCGCGACACAGGCCUAG